AUGGCGUCUUUAGGGUUCUAUACACUCGAGAAUGGCGCUUCAGAGCUAUUACAGAUUCUUUACAAGACUGUAGACGAUGUGAAAGCCGACAGCUCUGUUCCAAUAUAUCUUAGUGACUCUCGACGUGAGAAUAAUAUCGAGGCAAAGGCGAAACCUGUGGAACACAAGGGGAUCCGUCUGCACAAUUGGGUCAUUGGCUCGAAUAAGACCCAUAUUACGCCUAUUGAUACAGUAAACGAAAUUGGUAAAAUGGCCAAGCUGACGCCUCCUGAGAUGGUGUUUGGUAAAAACCAAUUGGUUCUAUUCCAUGAGCCAUCAGGCGUGUGCUACAAUUUCUUGGCACUGGAAGCUCUGAAAGGCACGCACUUUUUGCCACCGAUUAGUGAUCAGGCACAGGAGAUUGUAGCCAAUCAACAGCUCAAGGUUGCUAAUGCUAAACACAACACUAACAAGGAAGAAGUAAAAGAACUGGAUAUCACGUACGACUGGACGUACACGACUGACUACAAGGGCUCGUUGCAACGUCUCAUGAAGGCAGAGGCCUUACCAAUUACGUUUACAAAGAGUAUGGAAGAAGCGAAAGUCGAGCCAACGACCGAACGCAUUGACUAUGAAAAGCUAAAGGAACGGGAGCCGAUCCUCUGGUUUGAUGAUGUGGCUCUGUACGAAGAUGAACUCCAUGAUCAUGGCACUUCCGCAAUGUCUGUAAAAGUGCGCGUAAUGUCGUCAGGAUUCUUUGUACUUUCACGCUACUGGAUGCGUUUGGACCACGUUGUUGUGCGUCUGCACGAGACGAGAACCCAUCAUCUCUUUGGUACUGACCACUUCAUCCGUGAAUAUACGCGGAAAGAAGCAAAAUUCGACACGCUGUUCUCCAAGGGCCAUCCGAAGAACAUGUCCAACUACACGAACAUUGACACUUUCCAGCACCUGCUGCCGGUGUGCGAAGCUGUAUACGAGAAGGUGUUGCUGCAGUAA